AUGUUAAGGUUGAACAAGUGUAAUAGAGUGUUUCACAUUGGAAACAGUUCGUGCAUACGAUCUUGUAUCAUCACAAAUUCAACUCGAUUUGCCUCAACGGCGACAAAUUCACGGCCAGAUUUAGUAUCAUCCAGAUCCCUGUCAAGUACGAUUUUCCCAUCGGCAGCAUUUCCCAAUCCAUUCUCGCAUCCUGAGUUAUUCGACACUUCAUUAUUACUCGAUAAGCUGGAUAAAUCCGAUCUGACACCGAAAGAAAGAAAGUCACCAACCAAACCUGACCAAAAACCAGCAAAUCCGGAAAAGAAGGAUCGUGAAAAGAAAGAUAUAGAAAAGAAGGAUGAUAAGAAGGAUAUUAAGGAUGAAACUGUUGAAAUCAAGGAGAGCAUAAAUCCAAACUCGCCGGUGUCGGCGACAAGUGGGAGUGCCAGUAGUGUGUCAAACAUCAACAAUGAUGGCAACAACAACAACAACGACAAUGAUGGUAACAAUGGUGAUGAUGGCUCGAAAGGGGAGAAGCCAUUGGUUAACACUAAGACUGGGUUGUACACGCCGUUCUUGGCCAUACCGAUGAAAGAUCGUCCUUGUUUGCCUGGUAGAUAUUGUACAAUCACUGUCACUGAUCCAGAAGUCAUAAGAUGUUUGCAAGAGGUUGUAGAAACCAAAGAGCCUUACUUUGUUCUCUUCCAUGUUCGUGACCCCAAUGACCCUGAUGCACAUAUUGACAUUAUCAAAAACAAGGAAUUUGUCCAUGAAAUUGGUACAUUAUGUCAAAUUGCAAAAGUUACACCAUUGGAUUCCAGUCACGUUCAUAUACUAGCAUAUCCCCAUCGGAGAGUUAAAUUGGUUGAUUUAAGUACGCCGAAAGUCAAAAGUGAAAAUAUCGAACAACAGCAUGAUAAUUUCCCAACUGCGUACCUCAAAAAAUAUGGAAUUUCGUACGCCGCCGUUCAACCAGUUGAAGAUGUACCUUUUGAAAAAAAUGAUGUUGAAAUACAAGCCUUAGUUGAAAGCAUUAAAAGCUUGUGUGCUGGAUUUUCGCCCAAUCCAUUGGCUGCAGAAAGCGGUAGAAAGGUUUUAAACAACCCUUCAAUGCUUGCUGACUACGUUGGUGGUUCGGUUUGUGGUGAUGCUAAACAAAUACAAGAAAUAAUGGAUAGCUUAGACGUGCAAAAGAGAUUGGAAAAGACUCUUGAGUUAUUGAAAGUUGAAGUUGAUGCUGAUGAAAUUAAACGCAAGGCGCAUAUCAAUAUGAGAGAAAGAACAGAGAAGCAAUAUGCCCAAAUGUUGAUCAAAGAGUAUACCAAAGAAUUACUUAAAGCUGCAGGUAUUGGCGAAAAUUCUAAAGCUGCUAAGUUUGAUGAGCGAAUCAAGCAUUUGAAAAUGCCAGAAGAAGCUUUAGAAGCUUACAAGACCGAAAGAGCUAGAUUGGGAACUCAAAGUGAUAUGGAGCUGAAUGUAGUUGAGAGGUAUCUCGAUUGGCUUACUUCCAUUCCUUUUGGAAUCUACUCAAAGGACUCUUUUAAUGUGAAGAAGGCAAGAAAGAUUUUGGAUAGAGACCAUUAUGGUUUAAAGGAUGUCAAAGAUAGAAUUUUGGAAUUCAUCUCCGUGGGUAAAGUUUCUGGUAACGUCAAUGGUAAGAUUUUGUGUUUGGCUGGUCCUCCGGGUACUGGUAAGACAUCUAUUGCCAAAUCUAUAGCUGAAUCCUUGGAUAGAAAGUACACUAGAAUUGCUGUUGGUGGUGUUCAAGAUGUGCACGAUGUCAAGGGACAUAGGAGAACAUAUGUUGCAUCUAUCCCUGGUAGAAUAAUAUCGGCUUUGGUUCAAGCCAAAACUUCCAACCCGUUGAUGUUGAUUGAUGAAAUUGAUAAGUUGGACACCACUUCGCAUGGGGGUGCAGCAAGAGCAUUUUUGGAGAUUUUAGAUCCUGAGCAAAAUAACUCGUUUGUUGAUAACUUCAUCGAAGUCAAGGUUGAUUUGUCAAAGGUUUUGUUUGUUUGUACUGCAAACUACUUGGGUAAUAUUCCUGCACCUUUAAGAGAUCGUAUGGAGAUCAUUGAGGUGAAUGGUUAUACCAAACACGAAAAAAUUGAAAUUGCAACAAGGCAUUUAAUACCUGAUGCUUGCAAGAAAGUUGGGUUGGAAGAAGGUCAUGUUGACAUUCCUAGAGAAACCAUUUCGAGAUUGAUUGACAAGUAUUGCCGUGAAAGUGGUUUAAGACAUGUCAAGUCAUUGAUCAACCGAAUUUUCAGCAAAGCUUCAAUGAAGAUUGUUGAACAAGUUGAGGAAAACCAACCGGAGGCAGAAGAGUCCGAGGAAAUUGUUUUGAGUGCAUCUGAAUCUGUUACACCAAAUCGACCUUCAGAAGCGGGAGCUGCUGCUGAAUCUGACGACAAAAGGGCCACCCCUGCAUCCAAUUCAGAACAAGCCGUGGCAACAACGGAUUCGGCAGAACUGAAUGAAGCGAAUAAAAACAAAGAAUCGACUGAAAAUAAGGAUGAGAAAACUGAAGAGGAAAACAUCAAGGAAGAAAUUGUCAAAUUGGAUUUGCCAGAGGGCAUCAAGAUAGAAGUCACUCCUGAAAAUUUAAAAGAUUUUAUUGGACCCGAAAUUUACACCAAGGACAGAAUCUAUGAACAAUUGAAACCAGGUGUGGCCACAGGGUUAGCUUACAACACUUCAGGUGAUGGUGAUGCUCUUUACAUUGAAUCUAUUUUGACCGACUCCAUCAGCUCCGAUGUUGGAAAUGGCGGUUUGCACGUUACUGGUUCAUUGAAGGAUGUCAUGAAGGAAUCGGCAUCGAUUGCUUACUCAUUUGCCAAGCAAUUCAUGGUCAGAAAAUACCCUGAGAACAAAUUUUUUGAAGCAGCAAAUAUCCAUGUGCACUGUCCUGGCGGUGCUAUUCCUAAGGAUGGGCCUUCAGCUGGUAUUGCAUUUACCUCAUCGUUGAUCUCCUUGGCAUUAAAUAGAGCAUUGCCUAAUGACACGGCAAUGACGGGUGAAAUAACCUUGACUGGAAGAGUGUUGGCUAUUGGUGGAUUAAGAGAAAAGACGUUGGGUGCAAAGAGAGCUGGUUAUACCAAGAUUAUUUUCCCCAAGGACUGUGAGUACCAGUUGGAGGAAAUUCCUGAUGAGGUUAAAGAAGGGGUGACUUAUAUACCUAUUGAAUGGUAUGGAGAGGUUUUUGAACAUUUAUUUGAUGUUAGUGAGGAAGAAGGCAACUCGAUGUGGAAAGAAGAGUUUGCCAAGAGAGAUCAGAAGAAGAAGGAAAAGAAACAAUAA